GAUCGAAACGGAUUUCCAUGUUCUGGAACCUGUGACCUUUGAUCGAGUGACCCAAAAAAUCAAUAGAGAUAAUCUACUCUGAAUGUCCACUAACCUAAUGAAGUUUCAAUAUUUCAGGCCAAGCGGUUCUAAAGUUAUUGAUCGGAAACGGUCCAUAUGACAUUGACUUUUGAUGGAGUGGCCCCAGAUACCAUAAGGGGCAUCUAUUUCGUCAGUCCUUUAAACUUUUAAAGUUUGAAAAUUUUAGGUGAAAUAAAGUGUGACGGAUGGACAGACGAUCAGACGUGGAGCUCAAAAAGUAUGUCUUUGGAAGCACACACCGACAACAAACAUCAAGAGUCUUACAUCACAAAAUAGGCCAACCGGUUAUGAAACUAAAACAGAAAUAUAUAGCGGAUGGAUUGCUUUUAAAAUGCCCAUGAUUAAGUGUGAUUUGAUUAUAUGAAAAAUAUGAAAUAUCAUUUAAAGUUUGAUCCUUGAAAAAACAAAUAAAGAGGGUAAAACGACAAGAAGAGCAAUUACUUUGAUCCGUGCAUAUUUCUUUCCAAUAACAUUCAAUAGUAAACGUAGUAUACCAAAACAUAUAUCAAUGCAAACGAUCAGUACAUAUCAUGACAAGCCUUGUUCCACUAGGUUGAUUACAUUUAAAUUUUUAUAAAAUCGUUCAAUGAUAUCUUUUUUUAAUAUCUGUUAAUAGUUUUUAACUAUGAAACCACAUAUCUUUGUCCUCUAACUUUUUUCCGUAUAUCUAUAAAUAGUAUUAUCUUUAUGCGACUGAGUAACUAUUGCCAACGAUGUUGAAACGUCAUUUCCGCCCAAAGCGGAACAGCCUUCUGUGAUUCUGUGUUUUAGAAUUCUGUGGAUUAAAAUGGACUAAGUAAACAGAAACCAUAUUUUCAAACAUGUAAUGGCCGGUGAAGACUUUGAAAAGGAUCUGUAUAAAAAUUGGGUCCGUGGUGCAAAGGGCUUAGAGUACUUACAGGAAGGACUUCAAGACUUUGUUGGAGAUAAAGUGCAGCAUUGUCGUGACCAAUCUUUACAAAAAAUAACAAAUGGCUUGCCGACACGAUCUACGCGUCAGUGCAAUCAGUGUACGUCUCAAAAUCUUUUGCCUGAACACGCGAAAAAGAAGACCGCCUGUAACGGAAGCACGUGCAUAGAAAAAAUCCCAAAUAACUGCCUUGGAAGUAAACCAAACGGUCGUAGAAAAUGCCCGAAUAAAAUAUGCAGUAAAUUAUAUGAUGAAAUCGUACUUGACCAUUACUGGAGAGAUCCGCUGUGGAAGAACACAGAUCCAAGUACGUGGUGUUCAGAUCCUCUCGGAUGGAGCUUGGGGAAAUGUUUCCAGACAACUACAGGCUCUGGUACAUCAGCUAGCACAACAGAUGCUGCCGGACUCCUUAGCAUUCUGAUCAAUAACAAAACAAUACAGAACAACUGGCUAGCAUGCAGUGACAUGUCUUCAAAAAUAACGUGCCCUUUUAACAGGGCAAGAGACAUACGUAAUGUAAUUCUGCAUAGUUCAAAACUCGAACUUGAUGAACCGACGUUAGGCUAUUAUUUAGAUACAUUCAUAACAGUCCUUCAAGAUGCAAAAUGUCUACGCAAUUGCAAUGAAUCGAAACAGGCUGUUAAUAAACUAUUACAGUUGAAAAACAAACAGAUCCAUAUAAGUCAGAAGGAUGAAACAAGACUCGUCCAAAAUCGGAGAGAGGCCUUGUCUGAACUAGAGGAAAGGGCAGCAGAAGUACUGCGCAAAAUUGACGACAGAGCUGCAACUGUUUUGUCUGACAUAGAGCAGACUAAAGCUACAGCCAAACUCAACGUAAUAGAGGAGAAACGGGGCGCAUUGUCUGAUAUAGAAGAAGCAAAGAGGGGAGCUGAACAGGACUUUCAGGAUAACACAAACGCUGCCUUGUCUGAAUUAGAACAGGCCAGAAAAGGAGCUGAACAGGGCGUUAGCAAAAGCACAAAAGCUGCCUUGUCUGAAUUAGAAGAAGCAAAGAUAAAGUCUGUACAGGAUGUUAAAGAAAGUACAAAAGAUGCAUUGUCCAAAUUAGAAGAAGCAAAGAAAGGGGCUGCACAAGACGUUGAAGAAAGUACAAAAGAUGCCUUGUCAAAAUUAGAAGAAGCAAAGAAAGGGGCUGCACAAGACGUUGAAGAAAGUACAAAAGAUGCUUUGUCCAAAUUAGAAAAAUCAAAGAAAGAUGCUGAACAGGACGUUAAGGAAAACACAAAAGAUGCUUUGUCAAAAUUAGAAGAAGCAAAGAAAGGGGCUGCACAAGACGUUGAAGAAAGUACAAAAGAUGCCUUGUCAAAAUUAGAAGAAACAAAGAAAGGGGCUGCACAAGACGUUGAAGAAAGUACAAAAGAUGCCUUGUCAAAAUUAGAAGAAGCAAAGAAAGGGGCUGCACAAGACGUUGAAGAAAGUACAAAAGAUGCUUUGUCCAAAUUAGAAAAAUCCAAAAAAGAGGCUGAACAGGACGUUAAGGAAAACACAAAAGAUGCCUUGUCCAAAUUAGAAGAAGCAAGGAAAUGGACUGAACAGGACGUUAAAGAAAGUAAAAAAGAUGCUUUGUCAGAAUUAGAAGAAGCAAAGAAAUUGGCUGCACAAGACGUUGAAGAAAGUACAAAAGAUGCCUUGUCAAAAUUAGAAGAAGCAAAGAAAGGGGCUGCACAAGACGUUGAAGAAAGAACAAAAGAUGCUUUAUCCAAAUUAGAAAAAUCCAAGAAAGAUGCUGAACAUGACGUUAAGGAAAACACAAAAGAUGCUUUGUCCAAAUUAGAAGAAGCAAAGAAAGGGGCUGCACAAGACGUUGAAGAAAGUACAAAAGAUGCCUUGUCAAAAUUAGAAGAAACAAAGAAAGGGGCUGUACAAGACGUUGAAGAAAGUACAAAAGAUGCCUUUUCAAAAUUAGAAGAAGCAAAGAAAGGGGCUGCACAAGACGUUGAAGAAAGUACAAAAGAUGCUUUGUCCAGAUUAGAAAAAUCCAAGAAAGAGGCUGAACAGGACGUUAAGGAAAACACAAAAGAUGCCUUGUCCAAAUUAGAAGAAACAAGGAAAUGGACUGAACAGGACGUUAAAGAAAGUAAAAAAGAUGCUUUGUCAGAAUUAGAAGAAGCAAAGAAAGGGGCUGCACAAGACGUUGAAGAAAGUACAAAAGAUGCCUUGUCAAAAUUAGAAGAAGCAAAGAAAGGGGCUGCACAAGACGUUGAAGAAAGUACAAAAGAUGCUUUGUCCAAAUUAGAAAAAUCCAAGAAAGAUGCUGAACAGGACGUUAAGGAAAACACAAAAGAUGCUUUGUCCAAAUUAGAAGAAGCAAAGAAAGGGGCUGCACAAGACGUUGAAGAAAGUACAAAAGAUGCCUUGUCAAAAUUAGAAGAAACAAAGAAAGGGGCUGCACAAGACGUUGAAGAAAGUACAAAAGAUGCCUUGUCAAAAUUAGAAGAAGCAAAGAAAGGGGCUGCACAAGACGUUGAAGAACGUACAAAAGAUGCUUUGUCCAAAUUAGAAAAAUCCAAGAAAGAGGCUGAACAGGACGUUAGGGAAAACACAAAAGAUGCCUUGUCCAAAUUAGAAGAAGCAAGGAAAUGGACUGAACAUGACGUUAAAGAAAGUAAAAAAGAUGCUUUGUCAGAAUUAGAAAAAGCAAAGAAAUUGGCUGCACAGGACGUAAAAGAAAUCACAAAAGAUGCCUUGUCUAAAUUAGAUGAAGCAGGAAAAGAGGUUGCACAGGACGUUAUAGAAAAUACAAAAGCUGCCUUGUCAGAAUAUGCAGAAGGUAAAUUUACGUUAUUUGACGCAAAAGAUGUGCACAAAGGCUGUAAACUUUAUUCUUAUGAUGAAGACAUUUCAUUUUCUUAG